AUGCACUUUCCUCUCCCUCUCCCUCCUUCCCCUUUUCAACGUAUUCCUCUUUUCUUUGUCCCUUCGUCCCACCCCUUCCUCUUCCGGUCGUUCCCCCGCCAGCCACUCAACCGCAGGGACGUGGCGACCAUCUACUUUGAGUCCUCACGUGCUGCCCCUUGUCGGAGAAUCAUCCUCUGUUGCUUCCCGUGGCUUGCCUUCUCCUUCCCCGACUCACCCUCGCUCCCUUCUUCUUCUGAGCUCUGCACAGCGCUACCCAUGGGACGAGCAGUUCUUCUGCUCCUCCAUGCAGACCCAGCUGGCCCGCAACGCCACGCACAGCGCUACCCAUGGGACGAGCAGUUCUUCUGCUCCUCCAUGCAGACCCAGCUCGCCCGCAACGCCACGUGGCUGGCAAUGCUCUCAGACCAGCACCUGCUGCCCUCGCUCUUCCUGCUGCCCGCCUUCCACCGCCCGCUGCACCGCCUCUUCCCCUCCCGCGUGCUGCUGCACCCGCUCGCGCGCUACCUGCUGCUGCCCGCCAACGCCGUGUGGGAGCGCGCUCUGAGGGCGCAUCAGGGCCACCUCGCGCAUGCAUGGCGGUCCGUGGGCGUGCAGCUUGCAAGUGGGGGGAGCGUUGCGAUGAAAGAGGCGAUGAGGGAGGUACGUGGGGGGAUUUUCAGCGUGCUGCUGCACCCGCUCGCGCGCUACCUGCUGUUGCCUGCCAAUGCCGUGUGGGAGAGGGCGCUCAGGGCGCACCAGGGGCACCUGGCGCACGCGUGGCGGGGGUGCGUGCUGCUGCACCCGCUCGCGCGCCACCUGCUGCUGCCCGCCAACGCCGUGUUGGAGAGGGCGCUCAGGGCGCACCAGGGCCACCUGGUGCACGCGUGGCGCUCCGUGGGCGUGCAGCUGGCGGCUGGGGGGAGCGUGGCGGUGAAAGAGGCGAUGAGAGAGCAAGCCCUGGAGUGCGGCAUGUCACACGGCGUGCUGCCGCUGCCCCUGGCGCCGUCGCAGCUCGCCGCCUUCCUCAACCACUCCUCCCGCGCGCGCCACUUCUCCCUCUCCUCCCGCUCCCUGCUGGAUGGGGACAGAGAGGAGGGGGAGCGGGGAGGGCAGGGGGAAGGACAGGGGGAAGGGAAAGGGGUAGGGAAGGGGGAAGGGGUGCAUAAGAAGGCAGGCAGCGGGGGGGGUAGCCCUCAGUGGCGGCGGUUUGGGCUCUUCUCUCGGCCGCAGGGUGGGGAGGGAAGGACGGCGUCACACAGCAAAGUGGGGAAGGUUGGAGCAGGCAUGGGUGCAGGCAUGGGUGCAGGCAUGGGUGCAGGCAUGGGUGCAGGCAUGGGUGCAGGCAUGGGUGCAGGCAUGGGUGCAGGCAUGGGUGCAGGCAUGGGUGCAGGCAUGGGUGCAGGCAUGGGUGCAGGCAUGGGUGCAGGCAUGGGUGCAGGCAUGGGUGCAGGCAUGGGUGCAGGCGGGCACAUCAGACAACACACUGGGGAAACAAGCUCCGUCUCUCAUGAUGCUGCAGGUGGUGGUGGUGGUGGUGGUGGUGGUGGUGGUGGUGGUGGUGGUGGUGGUGGUGGUGGUGGUGGUGCUGGCGAUGCUAGUGAGGGUGAACCCGGCAGCAGCCGUGGCGUGGUGAGGGGGAGGGCGAGGGCACGGGUGGUGGCAGUGUUUGUGGCGGCGGACAGCUUCACGGCGUUCAAGUUCUUCAAACGCGCCUACGCGCAGUGGCCCACUGAGGACCACAGUGUGGUGGCGGUGCAUGCUGAGGUGGAGGAUGACUCGGAGGAGCGCCUGCUGUCGGCCAAUCAGAUGGAGAUUUUGCGGAUCUGGCUGCUCAGCACGUGCCACGUCAUCAUUGCCAGCCCAGAAUCACCCGAGGGCUAUCUAGCCAGCGGCCUUGCCGGCCGCCCACCCUUCCUGCUCUCACACCCCCCUGCCACCACCGCCACCACCGAGAGUCACCACGGCGAUCCAGCAGCAGCAGCAGUGGCAGCCGCUGCAGCAGCAGCAGGCAGAGAGCACCAGGGGGGAUGCACGCGCAGCUGGUCAGCAGAGGGGUGUCACCUGGGGGCUCCUCUCGCCCUCACGUGCUCGUCAGACCCGCGAGGGGACGGGUCAGGAGGGGUGAGGGAGCAAGGGCACCGCUCCUCCGACCCGGCGCGCUGGCUGCCUUUCCUGCGCCGCUGUGCUGACCACCCUCAAGGGCUUACGCUCCUGGCCAAGCUCACUCACCCUGACCCGUGA